AUGUUGUGCAACGGCGGCCGGCACCGCGCCGGCCGCCUGCUCGUGGCCCUCCAGCAGUGGCGACAGGCCGGUGGGGUGACGCAGCGAGAUCCUCGAUUCUCCGUGGUCUCAGACUCCGAUCUGCAGUUCUUCGAGAGCGUGCUUGGGGACACUGGCGGGGUGGUCACCGACCCGCACGAGCUCGCACCCUUCAACAAGGACUGGAUGGGAAAAUACGAAGGCGCUGCCCGAGUGGCACUCAAGCCAAAGACGCGGGAGCAGGCUGCGGCGGUGCUGCGGCACUGCAACGAGCGGCGCCUGGCGCGUGGUGUUGGCCUCGUGCCCGCACUCUCCCUCCUGCAGGGCGGCAACACGGGGCUCGUGGGGGGCAGCGUGCCUGUCUAUGAUGAGGUGGUGCUCAGCACUGCGGCGAUGAACCAAGUGCUGGCCUUUGACGCGGUCAGCGGCGCGCUGACGGCGCAGGCGGGAUGCAUCCUGGAGAACCUGGACAGCCAUGUGGCGGAGCAUGGGUACUGCAUGCCUCUGGACUUGGGGGCCAAGGGGAGCUGCCACAUCGGCGGCAACGUCGCCACCAACGCAGGCGGCCUGCGCCUGCUGCGCUACGGCUCGCUGCACGGCAGCGUGCUGGGGGUGGAGGCUGUACUGGCAGAUGGGACGGUGCUGGACCUGCUGACUACGCUCCGCAAGGACAACACCGGGUACGACCUCAAGCAGCUCUUCAUCGGCAGCGAGGGCACCCUGGGUCUCAUCACGGCGGUCGCCAUCCACUGCCCGCCCCGCCCCUCGGCAGUGAACGUGUGCUACCUGGCUGUGCCCAGCUUCGAGGCGGCCCAGCAGGUGUUUGUGGCUGCUAAGCAGCAGCUGGGCGAGGUGCUGUCUGCCUUCGAGUUCCUGGACCGAGAGUCGCUGCUGAUCACCCUGCGCCACCUGCCGGGCGCCAAGGACCCGCUGCCCUCCUGCCAGGCGCGGCGCACCGCCCGGCGGGGGCCUCUGAGCCGAGCCGCGCCGCUGUACGUGCUGGUGGAGACGUCUGGCAGCAGCGCGGCGCACGACGGCGAGAAGCUGGGCGGCUUCCUGGAGGGGGUGAUGGCGGCGGGGCUGGUGCUGGACGGCGUGCUGGCUCAGGACGGCGGCCAGGCGCGGGCCAUGUGGCACCUGCGGGAAGGGAUCACGGAGGGGCUGCGGCACCGAGGCGCCAUCUACAAGUACGACGUCAGCCUGCCCAUAGGCGCAAUGUACCGCCUGGUGGAAGACAUGCGUGAGGCAGACUGGCCGCCCAUACGUGUGGCGGGGUAUGGGCACCUGGGGGACGGCAACCUGCACCUCAACGUCUCAGCCCCCGCAUACAGCGAGGAGCUGCGGCAGCAGAUAGAGCCGUUUGUGUACGAGUGGACAGCACAGCACCGCGGCAGCGUGAGCGCCGAGCACGGCCUGGGCCUGAUGAAGGCGGGGUGCAUCGGGUACAGCAAGCCGGCGGCGGCGGUGGCGGUGAUGCGGCAGGUCAAGGCGGCACUCGACCCGCGAGGCAUCUUGAACCCUUACAAAGUGCUGCCCCUGCCGGCCGAGUGA